AUGCGCGUGCAGGAGGGGAACCAGGCAGCUCGCGAUCUGAACCGAAAGCAACUCUGCUACAAUCCCAGCACAGAGGAGGCUGCUGGAGGAGAUGCGAGUUCUAGGCUAGCUUGGGCAGGCUACAGAGCCAGCCCCUUCCCGGGGAACAGUACCGAGCGUUCUGCCACAACUUCUGAGUCUCCAAAUUCAGCUGUCUCCAGGGAGGCCAGCACCCAGUCUUCAUCAGCAGCCACCAGUCAAGGAUAUGUUUUGCCAGAAGGCAAAAUCAUGCCAAACACUGUUUUUGUUGGUGGAAUUGAUGUUAGGAUGGAUGAAACCGAAAUUAGGAGUUUCUUUGCCAGAUAUGGCUCGGUAAAAGAAGUGAAGAUAAUCACUGAUCGAACUGGUGUGUCGAAGGGCUAUGGAUUUGUUUCAUUUUAUAAUGACGUGGAUGUGCAGAAGAUAGUAGAAUCACAGAUAAAUUUUCAUGGUAAAAAGCUGAAACUGGGCCCUGCAAUCAGGAAACAAAAUUUAUGUACUUAUCAUGUGCAGCCACGUCCUUUGAUUUUUAAUCCUCCUCCACCACCACAGUUUCAGAGUGUUUGGAGUAGUCCAAAUGCUGAGACAUACAUGCAGCCUCCAACCAUGAUGAAUCCUAUAACUCAGUAUGUUCAGGCGUACCCUCCUUAUCCAAGUUCACCAGUUCAGGUCAUCACUGGGUAUCAGCUGCCAGUUUAUAAUUAUCAGAUGCCACCGCAGUGGCCGGCUGGGGAACAGAGGAGUUAUGUUAUACCUCCGGCUUAUACAACUGUUAACUACCAUUGCAGUGAAGUUGACUCAGGAACUGAAGUUUUGUCAAAUGAAUGUUCAGUUCAUGAAGCUUCUCCAGCCUCUGGAAAUGGCUCACAAAAGAAGUCUGUGGACCGAAGCAUACAGACGGUGGUCUCUUGUCUAUUUAACCCCGAGAACAGACUGAGAAAUUCUCUUGUUACUCAAGAUGAUUACUUCAAGGAUAAAAGAGUGCAUCAUUUUAGAAGAAGCCGGGCAGUCCUUAAAUCUGAUCAUCUCUGCUAA